AGGACUGAGGAAGCUGCGAGCCCAGACAUGAAGCACGGUGCCCUGUGAUGGUUAUUUUGCUGGCUCUUACUGUUGGAGGAUGGCUGCUCUGUUCUGUGAAAAUUGUUCUGGUCAGUACCACUACCCGCAGGUCCACCAGCCUUUUGAAUUCAGCUGCGUGUUGCUUCUGAUUAUGCUUGGAAAAGUGUCCCUUGAUUUCUUCAUGUUGCAAGUUAGGCAAAAAAAUGUGAAAGUUAGUUUUAUGGGAUACUUCUGUGUUUCUCUGGCACUUCUUGAUUUCAUCCUGCUGAUCAACAUUGCUGUCAUUUUCUAUUUUGAAGACUUUGCGCUCUGGGGUGUAAGAUUUACAAAGUACCACAUUUGCCUCUUCACGCAGAUAAUUUCUCUUACUUACGGUAUUUUGCAUUACCCAGUAUGUCUCGUGGCUGGUCUGGAUUAUUACAUGACUAUAGCCCAAACCUCUCAAUCUCCUAGACGAGGCCAAAGACUGUUUUAUGUAUUUGUUGUGACUUUCAUAUGGAUUUCAGGUUUUUUUUGUAUUCUGAAAGUUCCUGCUAUCUACGAAGAACUAGAAAUUCGGAACCGUUUUUCUCCUUAUCAGUGUCCUCUCUAUGUCAGCGUUCAGAGCUACGCCGUCUCGUUUGCCAUGCUGCUUCUCAUAGGCAUGGCUUUCAUGGUUUCUCGGAAGGAAGUCACAACCAUGAUACUGUCUGUCAAGGUGGUUUCUUUUGCCAGUCAGCCUGUUCUGAUGUUCUCCUAUGCAUCUAACAAUGGCACUUGCUUUAAGUGGCAGCUUCUGACCAGACUCCUCGUCUGUUUCCUUGGCACUUGGGCACCUUUUGUGCUCCUUCAGUUUAUCAUUCUGUUUCUCGGUGCUCGGAUUCCAGCCUACAUGGAGAUGAACGUCCCCUGGCUGUACUUCAUCAACAGCUUUCUCAUUGCAGUAGCGUACUGGUGUCGAUGUCACGAUGUUGAACUGACAGAGGAGAUGUGGUCUACAGACCCAUUUGUUAGCUGGAAAUUCUGCUUUAUGCCAUUUAACAAUGAAAACACAGAGCCAGCUGAAAAGCCAGGCACAGUAAUUGUGAUCUGUUAACGAGCUGCUGACAGAAAAGACUGCAAGUAACUGCUGUGUGGCAGAAGCGCAUACUUGGAUGUUCUGUGAUAGUGUCCUUACAGAUAAUACAAAGAAGCAUCUCCAGAGCUACAACCCAUGGAAAACAAUCCAACAUUCACAAGGAUAGUAAUAAAUAUUGCACCGGGAUGCGGGCACUGCAUGCUUCUACACUAGGCUUUACUGCCAGUCCAAAGAGUUUGAAGUAUGGGUUGUAUAGAAGACCAAUACUUCCAAAAAACAAGUUUUCAGUUAAACCUUGUGUUUUUACUAGAAUGUUACAUUUGUUUUAAAUGGAAUGAUCUCAGGUUUUAUAGUAUACAAUGCAAUAAAGUAUUUUUCUAAGCUGGAGCCCUUUUGUCAGUUAGAUACAAGUAAGCUACUGUCAUGUUUAAACAACUGUGAUUUUUUUGAAGUUUAUCUUCUUGUUAGAGUAACUUUUUGUCACUUUAAGGCUUUUUUUUGUAUGUUUAAUGAGGAAUAAAUUGUUUUAGUUAAAGCUAUACCUCCUACAUAAAUACAAGCUUUGUUUACAUACAAGAUUGCAAGCUGUUUAACUUUCACAGCUACAGGAAAGGUGAUGUUUCAUUAUUUCUUUGCUCCUGCUUCUCUGAUGUAUAUAUGCAUAUUAAAAAUUAUUCGUCUACAAA